GCGCAGGAGCCAGUGAGACGCGGUGCGAGUGUUUCUAGAAUGCGGGACAAGGCGUGAGGUCGUCUCGCUCAUCCGGCGGUCAGCAAUGGGGUCCUUGCGUAAAGCACUGAUCGCAGUUGCAGUAGUGAGUGCGUGGGCUGGCGUGGGCUCCGCACUCUUUGUCCUGGUAACCCCGGGAGAGGAGCGCGUUCAGGCGAUGCUAAAGGAGAUGCCGGGACAGGACCCACGGAGCAGGGAAGAGGCGGCCAGGACCAAACAGUUAGUGCUGGCCACUCUGCAGGAGGCAGCUGCCACGCAGGAGAACGUGACCUGGAAGAAGAACUGGGUGAGCAGCGGCAAGUCAACAUGAGAUGGGACCCGAACCGGUGGGUGCUGGGAGCUCCGCUCUGGCGCUGGAGUCCGAGGCCGUCUUUCUCUUUCAUGGACCUGGCGGGUAGCCCGGACCGGGAAGCUGCUGCUGAGUGAGCACGUUCCCCCUAAACCUUGCACUGACUGUGCGUUCACGUUCUUAUCGCUGGCCAGAAUCAUCGGACGUGGUCAUCGAACUGAAGGAAUCAGUAAAUCGUGUUCCUCUACUCAGAGAGUGAGCCUUGCGGUCUGACGCCUGUAAAUGCCGAGUUCUGGGGUCGGUUCUGUGGGCGGGGAUGACCUCGGCUCCCGCCUGCCCCGCUCCCCACGUGAGGCUGAAGCCCAAUAGGCACAGCGACUACGUUUUCAAAACACGAGUCAGGUCACGUGACCUGUUUGUACUUUUGGGGACAUUCUUGAAUUCAGAACUAUACCAGAAAAUCUUGUAGCAGAAAUGCCCACACAGGUUUCUACCUUUCAAGUGAGGUUGGAGUGGGGCUUCUAGCACUUAACAUGCGCCAGAUGUCUCCUGUGGCCAUUAUUUAACCUUUGGAGCCCAUUUGUUUGAAGUAAUGAAAGCAUGCUUUGAGUCACAUCUUGAUUCAAUUCCAUCAUGUUACAAAAUCUGAGCCUCAGUCCUGUUCUAUAAAAAGUGGUAAUUAUCUUAAGGUCUGUCCUAAGGUUAAUUUAGAACAGUAAGGUGCAAUGCCUGGCAGAGCAACCUCUCAACAGAUAGUGGGGCUUUCCCCCUAUCCGGGUUUUCACUGUAGUUUUCCAUCAGAGUCCACUCACGGGGCCUACUGGAAAGGCUACUGAAGGGAUGGCACAAAACUGUUGGUGAAGUAACAGCCCCACAGUCAAGUCCAUUGCUUUUGUCUAUUUUAUAUCCUGGCAAUAGGAAAAAAGGUUGCUUUAUUAAAUAAAUUUAGCCAGACCACCAAGUACACUGAGGUAUAAGCCCAGGCUGAGUGUUGGAGCAGUUUUCAGCUGCUGAAAUCACAUCAUAUAUGACCUUUACAGUCUGUGGUCCUUUCACAGGCUGGGAAUGAGAGGAGUCUGCGGGAACGCUAGGCUGGGGUUAGCAGCAGCAGAGGGACCAGCUCUCAUAAAGGUGUUUGGCAGUGCAGAGCCCAAGCCCUAGAUUUGUGGGCUCCCCAAGUGUGUGUCGAGGAUCUCUAACCCAUGUCAGUGUGGCCAAGUCAUAUGGCUCAGUGUCCCUGUCUCUAAAAUGGGACAAUGGUACCCAUUCAUAGGUAAUAAUAGUACCUUCAUAUCCCAGUUCACGUGUAUAAAAGUACUUUAAAAUG